ACAUUUAUGUCAGAACUAUUUUUGCUUAUCCCAGUCGCACAAGCUUCUAGCUAACUUGUGUGACCUCUUCAUUUCUCUAUAAUUCUCUUUGAAACCCAAGAAGGAAAACCGGAAAAAGGGAAAUCAUGUCUUCACCAAGCAAACGACGGGAGAUGGACUUGAUGAAACUGAUGAUGAGUGAUUACAAGGUAGAGAUGAUCAAUGAUGGCAUGCAAGAGUUCUAUGUACAUUUUCAUGGACCUAAUGAGAGAAAAUGGGCAGGUCCUUAUCAUGGAGGCAUAUGGAGGAUAAAAGUGGAGCUACCGGAUGCUUAUCCAUAUAAAUCUCCCUCUAUAGGCUUUGUUAAUAAGAUCUACCAUCCAAAUAUUGAUGAGUUGUCUGGCUCUGUUUGUUUAGAUGUUAUUAAUCAGACUUGGAGCCCCAUGUUUGAUCUGGUUAAUGUGUUUGAAGUAUUUCUGCCACAACUUCUUCUGUAUCCCAACCCUUCAGACCCAUUGAAUGGAGAAGCUGCAGCGCUGAUGAUGCGAGAUCGACCUGCUUAUGAACAAAGAGUUAAAGAGUUCUGUGAGAAAUAUGCCCGGCUAGAAGAUAUAGAAGCCACCCCAGAAGAGAACUCGAGUGAUGAGGAGAUGAGUGAAGACGAAUAUAAUUCAAGCGAUGAGGCUGUGGCAGGCCAAGGUGACCCCUAGUAGUUCAUCAUGUCCAUAAUGAUUGUUUUGUACAUUCUUCUUUUUAACUUUGUUAGAUCAAUCUCAACUUGCUUGUAAAAAUAAAAUAUUCAAUCCCAGCUGAAUGCAGUAGGGAAAGUUCUUUAGCCCGGCCUGUACUAGUUGUGUGCCAAUAGACUCAAUAGUCAAUACUAUAAUUUGUAAAUACUCGAACAAAUUCUCUCUUUUUUAUUAGCUAUGUUCUGUGAAUGCAUAAACUGAAGUUGCAAUA